UUAACAUUAGUGAGGGAGUGUUGUGAAUUACAAGUUAUCGUUUCCACAGAUCGGAAAAAAAGUUUUGUUUACAGGAUAAGAAACUUUCAUGUUUCAUAACUUGUCUGCCUAAACGAAACGACUUCUUAGCUUUGCUAACACAUUACUCUCAUCAUGUUCUGAUGUCAUUUGGAUGAUUUAGAAAGUCUUCCGUAAACUCGUAUAUUUACAGUUCAUUGACAAUAUCCAGUGCUUUCAGAACUUGUGUUUUAAUUUGGCGAGAUGGAUCCACCUGCAGACUGGCCAAUCACAGGAGUAUGCAUUGUCAGUGAUCCAAAUAGGGCACCCCCAAAUUAUACUGUGAUUGACAAAACAUAUGACAAAUCAGAAGAUGCUGACCUCUGGAAAGAUGGCCCUUUACGUCGUCGCACAAUGAGAUAUUUAUGUGUCAAACGCUCAGUGCCAGACCAGACAGAUGAUGUUCUUGUUGAUGUCACAUUUAUCAAUGAAAAAGAUCCAGUGCCUGCUGGCUUUGCUGUUGUAGACACAACACAUGAUACACGAGAGAAAGCCCUGCAAAAGAAGCAGUUAUGUCUUCGCUGGAUGGUGUCAACAAUGACAAACGAUGCCAUUACCGAACUGAUAUUCCUUUCGUCAAAAGCUUCCCGCAGACCUCCAGGUGGAUAUACACUGAUUGGUGAAACCAAUAGCAUGUCUUUGUGCUUUAAAAUGGGGAAGCUACCUAAACCACCAGUUCUGCAGCCUCCAGCAGAGACAUCACAGAGCUAUCCUUUAAAGGCAUUUCACAUGGCACCUGUGGCUUCUUCCUUGCCAUAUUCCUUACCUCCAAACAAGCCUUCAGGAAGUACGGUUUUGCGCCCAGAGAACAUUGCCAGUCACACAAGCACCAUCUCUCCAAUUUCUGGAAUUCCAUGGCAGCUGAAUCCCAAACUCAAAAACUUGACAGCGUUUUUAAAUAUGACAAUACCUGAAGUGCGCUACAAAAGCAUCUUGGACAUCGAGAAACAGUAUGAUUAUGACUUCAGAGUGGAGAACUCAGCAAGCCGGGUCCAGCCAGAGAGAAGUUAACUAACCUCACCUUUGAGGUGAUACAGAGGAGAGCACUUUUUCAGGCAUUAGUUGUAGAACCUAAAUGUCUUGCUUUGAGUCAAAGAGCUGUGGAUUGUUAUCACACAUAAAUGGUCAUACCUUCUUAUCAUUUUUGGGUAAGCAAGAUUAUGUUUUCAUUGUUUGCCAAACUUUUAACAGUCAUCAUCUUUUAUUCCUUUUGUUCAUUAUUGUGACUUAUUCUGCAUCUUCAAAGAAUAAGAACUGGAAACAAAUUGCAUCAGGUAUGAAUGUAAGUAAUUAUCUGGUCAUCACCAUCAAGCUCUUUUGGUAUCACAACCUUUACUAAGUAAAAAAAGUGGUAAGUUUUGUAAAGCUGCUAUUUAUGCAGGAAGUCACAUAAAAUCAAUCUUUUAGUCUUGUAUAAACAGCUUAUUAGAGAAUUGAAUGUUAUCUCUUUCAGUGUAUUCAUAAGCUAAAUGUAAAAAUGAAUAUUGUCAGUGGCUCAAAACUGAUGCAUGAGAAAGAUAAAUAUCUCUGGUAAUUUGUAUAAUAAGUAUGAACAAACUGUUUACCUAAAAUUAUUAAUUUACUGAACAACAGUAUUCUGGACUGUAAGGCAUUUCUGGCUAUUGUCAUGUGACCUUUUGUACUAAUCACCUGAUGAUGCAGUAGGGUCAGAAUUAUGCACUGAAUACCCUGGAGGCAGCAUAUGCCCAGAAUAUGUCACACACAUUGAAUGUUACUAACUCAUGGAUACCUCACUUAAAUGAACAUGAAGCAAGGUAUAUUGAUGUAUUUUAGUGCACUUUUUAACAGAUCAAACCAUGGAAUGUGUCAUCCUGCUUUCUUGUGGAAUAACUAGAUAUAAAUGAAAAUGUUUGCAUGAUGCAAGUGUUAUAUGAUGAUACAAUUUUAUAAACAUUUCCAUUUUAAGUUUUGUUUAAUUUUGUUACCAAUUUGUCAUUAGAUUUAUGUGUUGUUAAAAUUUUACAAUGUUUAGCUUCAUUUUAUCAAACAUAUAAACAUGAAGUGCUACAUGCAUUUUGAAAACUAGCACAACAAAAGUUUAUGAUAUUCUUAAAUAUUGUGUUUGUGUUGCUUAAAAGUCUUGCUAGUGUCAUAAUAGUGGUGAUGUAAUGCAUUUUUGGCACCCAACCAUAAGCCUUAUGGGGUAAAAAGUAGGUUUGAAAGUGUGCAUGUCAUGAGUAUUUUUAAGAAAAACGAGAAUUAUGGCUGCAGACUGAACAUCUGUCAUCCUGAAAGCCAAAAUAUUCAUAAUGUCGUGCAGAUGUAUGUAAAUCUUUGUGAGUGUGUGUGUGUUGGGUGGGUGGAUGGGAUGGGGUGAGAGUGGAAGUGGUCCACUAGUCAACAUGAGCAUGCAUGAGUGACAAAGAUGCUUGAUCACAGUUGACAUUUUAAUAAAGCUUUCACUUUUUAUGG